AUGACACCACUGAACAAGUUCUGGUUUCUUGCUUUCCUUGGCUGUAGUAUUGCUUUUUAUUACAACUGUAUGUAUAUUGACGACAGAUCCAGAGGGAAACUAAAGGAAUCGUACGAUUAUAUAAUUGUUGGUGGAGGUACGGCGGGUUCCGUGCUAGGGAAUCGCUUAUCUGUGGAUGAUGACAUCACAGUGGCUAUCCUUGAGGCGGGAGGGGCGGCUGACGAUGAUCCACGCGUGACCACACCGUAUUAUUUUCCAAGCAUCCAAGGGACAGAACUCGAUUGGAAAUUCUAUACUACUCGCCAACAACAUGCUCUGUUCGCCAUGAAAAACCAGGUAGGAUAUUUACCACGUGGUAAACUUCUGGGCGGAUCUAGUAACCUUAAUGCCAUGGCGUAUAACCGGGGUGGGCGUCUGAUGUAUGACAUGUGGGCAGCUGAAGGAUGUGACGGAUGGAGCUACGAUGACGUACUUCCGUAUUUCCUGAAGUCAGAAGAUAAUCAGAUGUCGAGCUUAAAAAACUCAAUCUAUCAUUCCCGUGGAGGUCCACUCCCCAUCUCAGAAGUCAAGGUAACACCACUCGCAGACCUGUAUGCUGAAGCAUGGAAGGAAAUAGGAAAUAAGGUUAUUCCCGAUAAUAGCGGACCAAACGUAGCCGGUUUUUGUACCAUGCAGGCCAAUAUCAAACAUGGUCAAAGAUACAGCACGUCCCGUGCUUUUCUUCUUCCGGUUAUUCAUCGCCUAAACUUAGAUGUUCAUACACAAAACCAUGUGACCAAAGUGGUGAUAGAGGACGGACAAGCUGUAGGGGUAGAGGUAGUUCAUCAUGGAGAGCUGCGAACCGUUAGAGCGAAUAAGGAAGUGAUUCUCUCGGCGGGGUCUAUCCAGUCUCCUCAGCUCCUAAUGCUCUCCGGGAUAGGACCUUCGGAACACCUUAAGGAAAUUGGGAUUCCCGUAGUUGCUGACCUCCCUGUUGGUGAGAAUCUGAGAGAUCAUCUGAUGUUUGCGUUCCGUCAGCUGACCAACACUUCAUACUCAACUACAGAUGAAGAGGCAGAGUCCCUCGUAGAGCGAAUACGGUACCAUGUUCUAGGCAAUGGACCUCUUUCCUACGGCGGCCCAGAGGGAUCGGCUUACUUCCAUAGUGACAGUUCGAAGGAAAUCAGUCAACCACCGGAUCUUCAAAUCUCUUUCUUCAGCAAGUCUGCCUCAACUUCGGAACAGAACACUGGAGAAUUCAAUUUCAGGGACGAGGUACACAACGUGUUGCCAGAUGGCAAACGCAGUUUUUCUUAUGGACUAAUUCUUCUUCAACCAAAGAGUAAAGGUACAAUCCGACUUCGUUCCAAAGACCCAGUUGAUCAUCCAUUAAUUGAUCCAAAUUAUUUGGCAGAAUCAGAAGAUUUGGACACAUUUGUAAAAGGUAUUCGUGUCUGUGAGAGGCUAGCAGGAACAUCCACAAUGGCCGCGAUAGGAGCAAAUGUCUCGGAUGCUUUCCAUCCCAAAUUGUGCAAGGACCACUUACCUGGAAGUGACGAGCACUGGAAAUGCAUGGUUCGACACCUGGCAUCAACAUUGUAUCAUCAAGCAUCCACGUGUAGAAUGGGAUCGGUGGAAGACCCAACCACUGUUGUCGAUUCGAAGCUAAGGGUGAAAGGCGUGGCGGGGCUUAGAGUGGUAGACGCUUCAGUCAUCCGGGACCUUUAUUCCGGAUCUCCGCAUGCGCAGGUCAUCAUGAUAGCGGAGAAGGCUUCAGAUAUUAUCCGAAACAUGGACACGGUUCAACACCUCAAGAGAAGGAGUCCUAUCCCAUGUCCUCUUCUCACCCAGGACCGAUUGCAGUGGUGCAACACACGGCGCGGUUGGAAUAGUCGGUCAUGGAGACGUGUUCAUUGGUCUGAUGAAAGUCGGUUUCUUUUGCACGUUAUUGACGGGAGAAGCCGGAUAUGGCGACCACGAGGUACUGCCUACUAUCAACAUAACAUCCAGCCAGAAAUUCCAUUCGGUGGUGGGUCUAUGAUGGUACGGGGUUGCUGUUCAUAUGAUUGUAAACUUGACCUCGUCGAAGUCCAAGGCAACUUCGAUGGCGAAAAGUACCAGAAUCAGAUCCUUCAAACAGAAAUUGUGCCUCAUUUUGAUAACCAUACGCUGGUGAGCCGACCCAUCCUAAUGGACGAUAAUGCCAGACCUCACCGAGCCUUUGCAGUGAAGGAAUAUCUUCAGCGUAACGCCAUUGACACUCUUCCUUGGCUGGCGAGAAACUCUGAUCUGAAUCCCAUAGAAUAUUUAUGGGAUAUUUUAGGCCGCCGGGUGAGAGCACCAGAGUCCCUGGUGUGCAAAAUCUGGCAGAACUUGCACAGGCUCUUCGGGAGGAAUGGGAUAACAUCCCCAAAAAGCAAAUCAGAAGACUCAUCACCAGUAUGA